UAAUAUAAUAUCUCUAUUUCCCCUCAAAUCGUUGUUCUCCACGUACGUGUUCUGUCACGGAAUCCUCGUGACAGGCAGUGGUUUAAUCAACACUCUAAUCUACAGCUACCACACAAAAUAAAAUAAGAGAUAAAACCCACUUAUUCCAAGGAUGAAAUUUCAACGAAGAUCAAAUACACCACGCGUUUGAAGCUUUCAUAGAAUUUUCCCGAUUACCGACUUCUAAAUCAGCAAAUAUCAAGAUGAGUCGUCCUCAGGAACCACAUCGCCCUUUCUUCCAUUUUGCAAAUCCUUUCCGUAAGAAUUCACAUAAGGGUUCUCAGUUUAAUCCAAAACUUCGUUCUUUAUUGAAUGAUUUUGAAACCGCCUUAUCAAAGAAGCUGCAAAAACUUGUGCCAAAUGACAAGGGUGACAUCCUUAGCUUGUCAUGGAUGAAACUAGCAAUGGAGUCACUUUCUGAGAUUCAUUGUGACAUAAAAAACCUGAUAACUGAACUUGACCUCCCUGUGACUGAGUGGGAUGAAAAAUGGAUGGAUGUGUACCUGGAUAUCAGUGUGAAGUUGCUUGAUAUUAGUAUUGCUUUUACCUCUGAGCUUACACGGCUUAACCAAGGCCAUCUCUUACUUCAAUAUGGUCUGCACAAGUUGGAGUCGGAUUCCCCAGAACUGUUCAGUCGGGCCUCUUCCUCACUUAAUAGCUGGAAACAGCACAUUGGCUCCAAAAAUCCCAGAGUUGAAACUUGUCGACCUAUCUUGGACAACCUUGUUGAGUCACUAAACUUGCCUAAGGUCAAAAACUCUUCCAAAGGAAAAGUAUUGAUGCGUGCUAUGUAUGGAGCUAAAGUGGCAACUACUUAUAUAUGUAGUGUCUUUGCUGCAGCUCUCUCUGGUUCUUCCAAGAAUUUAUUGGACUUAACUGUUCCUAACACGCUACCAUGGGCACAAGUUUUUUCUGAUGUCCAAAAUACUGUGAAUGUAGAGAUUAGAAAUAUAUUUUCUUGCGGAAAAUUUACAGUUGUAAGAGAACUGGAUGCUGCUGAUGCAUGCGUCAAGGAAUUGUCAACUUUGCUCCAAGAUGGGGUGGGAACAAGUGAAAGGGAGUCAUUCAAGAAUUCUGUUUCAGAUUUGAGAAAGACGGAAGAGAAAUUAUCCCAAGGGCUAGAUAAUCUUUUGAAGGUGAUAGAUGGCUUUUUCAAAGUAGUUUUGAUGGGGCGUGAUGCUUUGCUUUGUAAUCUAAGGAAGGCUGGUGGUGCCGUACCAGAUUCAGUGAUAGGGAAAAAUGUAUAAGAGAAGUGUGAGGUGAAUCACGAAUGUAAUGCAUGGUUUAGGUAUGAGGCCUUGUGUUUUCUGACCGGUAGGCGUAUACAACCAUGGGGUCAUAUGCUAGUAUGAGUGGUGUCUUAGGGGUAGUAAUUACUUUGGUUGUACAAGUAAUCUUAUAUAUCGAAAAUUAUAUACAAGUAUCAUAUUUGGUUGCAA